CGAUACUGCUACAGUUUCGGUAACAACAAGGAACAUGUGUCAGUCGAUCUUCUCAAUCAAACAAAGCUCGCGCCUCGGCUUCAUACCAUUCGCGAAGAGAUGGUGGCAAUCAUCUCGGGGCUCUGCCAUAUUCAGCUCUGGUGGCUAAGUGCCAUUCGUUGCGCAUACCCUGUCAGUUACCGCGCCUCUAUCGACGUCCGUUUCUACCUUCGGCAGCGUGCCUGUAUACGAUUUGGUCCGUGAGGAUCUUCGUCAAGAUGUUCAUGUGCUUCGAUCUUCAACUCUUGAAUCUCAUAAGGGUCCUUUCCCCGCAAGUCUCCACUUGGUCUUCGGCUCUGGGGUAAUUUGUAUUUCAGUGUGUGCUGUUCACCCCUCGUUUAACGAUCUUUGAGUGAAACUCCGGCACGAGCACUCGCCUCAAACCUUUGUCAGCAAGGAACGGUCCAAGCAGAAGCCAACAGUAGCACAGCAACUCACCAUCAUGGACGUAGGUUCGAAGACAGAGCGGCGCGUCAGCGAAGAGGAGGUGUACACCACGCCGCGGAAAGGAGGCAUCAUGAACAAACUGUAUCCUCCUGGGCCGAGGCCAGGUGCUGGCGGACGAGUCAAGAACCAUUGCAGGAAGUUCUGGUGGUGUGACUGUCUUGUCCUCAUCAUCCUCGUACUGGUCAUUGUACUGCCUCUGAUCUUCGUUGGCCUGCCAAAGAAAGCACAGAAGGAGAUCAAUGCCUCCACGCUUGAGGUCACAAAUAUGGAGGUUACGAACCCAACCCCCGACAGUGUGCACCUCAAGAUCGACAACACCAUCAGAAGCGACAGCAGCUACCACCCCAGGAUCGAGGCCUUCCGUGCGGGGCUAUCUCUCGAAGGCCAAGAUCCCUUUAUCUACAUCAACAUCCCUGAGGCAAAGUCUGAAGGAGAGACUCUCAUCACUGUAGAGCAGGACGUGACCUUUGAAUCUGCCGAUCGCUUCACUGCGUACACCAAAGCCGUUAUCUCCAGCGAAGAGCUUACAAUCGACCUCAACGGCAAGACCACAAUCCACAUCUCGGGCCUCCCCGCCACAAAGGUUGACUACAACAAGAAAAUCACCAUGAAAGGCCUAAACCACCUCUCCGGCCUCAACAUCUCCGACGUCAAAAUCCUCUCCGGUCAGAAAGAAAUCCUCUCUGACGGCUCGAACAUGAUAGGCACAGUCCACAUCCCCAACCCGUCCGUCAUGACGCUCGAUCUCGGCAACAUAACCAUGAACCUCGGCGUCGCCGGCAAGGCAAUCGGGUACAGCCUGCUCCCGAACCUCGUCCUCAAGCCGGGCGAGAACAAUGUGCCGAUGCAGGCGCGCGUUGACCAGGCCACGAUCAUAUCCAUGAUCCUCAGCACUUACAAAAAUGGAGUUCUGCCACUGGAAAUCGUAGGAAAUAGCAGUGUGAAGGGAGACAAGCAUCUGAGCUACUACGAGGAGGCGAUCAAGGCGAACACGAUCAAGUUAGAUUUGGAUGCUGGGCCGGCGCUCAAGGCUAUUGGCAUCAAUGUUACAGAUCACUCAUAAGUGCGGACGUGUCGAUGAACUGCUGGAAAGUGGAGCGCUGAGUGGCUACGCAAGCAUGGAGAUAGCUGUGUGUGAUACCUGACAGCUAGACUGAUAGUUGCUAGCUUGCUGUGAUACCGUAAUUCAUUGUUUUUUUAGUGGUGAAGCAUUCUCGAUGAUGCCGUCUCAUCGUAUGUAACCACUGGGAUACACCGGGCACCUCCCACAUCACAACCUCGCCCCACCCCUAUCAUCCAGUCACGCAACAUUCUUCUCCAACCACUCCUCCCACUGCUUCUCUGUCCAACUACUCGAGAUAUCGUUAUUCACAACCCCAUCAAACACUACCGUCGGCGUAACAUGCACGCCCUGCAACCUAUUCUGCUUCGUCUGCACCUUAACAAAAUCCGUAACCCCAUUCCCCGUAUUCAACCCGCCAUCCUUAUC